ACACAAUAUUUAGUUGUGAGGUCGUCAAUUAAAAAUAAUUUAAAUAAACCCAUUCAUAAAAUUCUUCGAUAAUUUUAGAACAUGCAAUUAUGGGAGUGGCCAGCUGAUGUUUCUCUUUGGCGUUACAGAUAGACAAAAGAAGAAUAAACCGGUUAAAGCCUACCUGCUUAUAAGCGGAGGAAAUUAGAACUACCUGAAUUUCUGGACACAGGAUCGGGCCGGACGGAAGAAGACAUUUUCAUCAUGGGUUUUAAAUACAUUGCUUUUGCUUUGCUGGUUGUCCCUGUGUUGACACAAGUGCCCCCUGGUGCGCCGGUAAUCACUGGACCACAGAUCAUUAUAUUUGGCCAACAAGUUACCCUGACCUGCACCGUAACUGACGGUCAACCCACACCAACGGUCAAAUGGUUAAGAGACAACGUUGUUAUUGAUGAUACGUAUACUAUAAGUGGAAAUACAGUGGUUAACACGUAUUCUUUCCAAGCUUCUAGUCAGGAACAUUUGGAAGUGUUCGAAUGUCAGUCUGAAAAUGGUGUUUUACAGAAUCCUCUAUCCAGAACUAUAUUCGUCGAGGUUUAUAGGUCACCAAAUCAACCAACACUAACAGGACCCACUCAAGUGGCCCCAGGAACAACAACAACAUGGACUUGUAGAUCAGAAGGAGGAUACCCAAUACAGACAAUGACAAUGAGAAUUGGAAAUUCACAGUUCAGCAGCAAUCAAUUCACAACAAACACCCAAUUUAUACAGAGCUCAGAAUCCUACACGGUUGUUGGAACUCUUACCUUCCCACCAACACUAGCCAAUAAUGGACAGACACUUUUCUGUGACGUUAGGCAUACAGACACGUUAACGGCUCCACAAACAGUCAGCUUGCCAUUACGCGUCAUUUCCCCCCUUUCUGUGACGGCCCCGAAUACAUUCUACAAUCCUGCCGAGACAGAAACAGUCAGUCUAAUCUGUAUUGUUACUGCUGGAAACCCUACUCAGAUCAGAUGGUACAAAAACAGCCAGCUUUUAACAGUAAAUGGUAGAUUUUCAGGUGGAGCCGUCUCCGGGCCGGCAUUGACCAUAUCCGGUGUCGUUAUGAGUGAUGCUGGUACCUAUAUAUGUGAAGCUACAGAUGGUAGCGCUACCGUUAGAACCAAUAACAUCCAGUUGUCUCCAAUAGAACGAUCUGUAUCAGAAUUCGAUAUAAUUACGUCCAUCCUCAAUGGUUACAACAGACUUGUCAGACCCAUCGAUCCUGUUAACAACGUAACACACUCUCUCAUUCCAAAAGAAACCAUCGAAUUUGAUCCCAAAACAUUGCGCUUUAAAGCCAUGCAGUGCAUUUCAUGGAACGACCCAAGACUGUCAUGGCCCCGAGGACAACCAAGAGUUAGCUUACCGUCAUCUGUGAUCUGGUUACCAGAUAUUGUUAUGUUGGGACAGGAAAUGAUGCACGAUUUUGAAGCAAAAGCGAUCGUCAUGAAAAACGGAGACGUGACGUAUUGCCCACAGGGAGGAAUCAAGUCAACAAAUUGUGAAGAAAAGUCCGGCUCAGUUUGGGAAUGCAACUUCAAAUUCCUGUCAUGGUCUUACGAUAAAGUCAUGUUGGACAUUCAUUUCCCAUCUGUCCUAACUAGACCAUCCAUCGAUAUGUCCAUCUACUAUGCACAUGAUGAGUAUGAAAUCGUAAGUCAGUGCCCAGUACGACGUGAGAUGAGCUAUCCCUGCCGAGUAGGUACCUACCCAGAACUAACCUACACAUUUGUUAUCAGACGUCGUAGAGACUUCUGUAGAAACCUCAACACAAGCCCAACAUGUAAUUAGACGUUUAAGUAAUACUUUUAAUUGCAGCGAAUGGUCAGCCAUCUUAACCAACAAGGAUUUUAAUCAACAAGACAUGUGUUGAUUGUUUUACUUAUUAUUGCAAUAUAGAUAAUUUUAGUACAUGAGAGGCAUUGAUAUACGUUAGAGAAAUGCAGUUAGAAAGAUAGAAAUAUUUUAAGGUUGCAAAAAAUUGCAAAUGUGAUAAAUUGAUUUUAUAGUGCUGCAAUUAGUUGUUUAAGUUGUUAGAAUAUAGUAUCUUCUUGUUACAUUUGUAUGCGCUUUUAACAGUUGCAUUCUUAUAGUUAAAUCUGUUGUUAAGUGUUUAAUUACAUAUACAUAUAUAUAUAUACAUUGCUGAAUAUUAAUACUCAAUAUAAAACUUAAAUAUAAUGUU